AAAGCAAUUCCACCGGUUCACACAUAGACACGCACUAAACAGCACUUCAAACACCUUUCUCUCUCUCUCUCUCUCUCCCCCCUUCCAUCAUGGGAAACUUGAUGUCAUGCAGCACUCUUCCGACUCCGUUGAUGAAAACCACCAGGGCCGCCAGGGUUAUUCUCCCAGGCGGUGAAGUACGGCAGUUCCGGCAACUGGUGAAGGCAGCAGAACUCAUGCUAGAAUGUCCAAACUACUUCUUGGUGAACUCUAAGUCCUUGAACAUUGGAAAAAGAUUUUCCGCCCUUUCUGCCGAUGAAGAUUUGGAGUUUGGCAACGUUUAUAUCAUGUUUCAGAUGAAACGCGUGAAUUCCAUCGUCACUGCAGCUGAUAUGGCGGUGGUUUUGAUGGCGGCGAACACUGCUGCGAGGCGGAUAGCCGGUGGCAAAGUUGAACCUGAGGUGGCGGCCGCCGCGGUGACAAGAGAUGAUGAUCAAGAAGUUGGGCGGUCGAGGUUGAAUUUGGAGGAGAUUGAAGGGUUUAAGGAUAUGGAAUAUAGAUUUAGAUUAGCAUCGUGCAAAUCAAGGAAACCUUUGUUGGAUACAAUCACAGAAGAGCCUGUUUUUUCCAGAUAAGGCUGUUGCUUGUAUAUUAACGUUUGAAUCUCAGAACAGUAGUGAUAUUAGUUUUUCUUUUC